AGCCGCUGCUCAUAAAUACCACAUGGCCGACCCAUGGCAGAACCCGAAGCAUCGUGCUGUGCUUCGGUUUGGCUAUCCUCCCACCACUUGUGACGCUCCAACCCCUUGUGUCUUCAUCCAGUCGAGGAGGGCUGCACCCCAACUCGGCUCUCCCUUCUCGCGUGACAAGUAACAGCCGCAGCCAUGGGCUCGUCCAACACCUUCAGGCUUGGCGGCCGCGACUGGCCCAAGGUGACGUGGUGGAAGAUGAAGGGGAUGCGAUUCGUCUACCUCACGCUCUGGGCCGCCAUGAUCACGUCGGCCACCAACGGCUACGACGGCUCUCUCAUGAACGGCCUGGAGGCCAUCCCGUCGUGGAACGAGUCCUACAACUUCCCCAGCCCGCCCAUCCUCGGCCUGCUCGCCGCCGCCAUGUCCAUCGGGAGCAUGCUCUCCAUCCCCGUGGUCCCCUACGUCGCCGACAUCCUCGGCCGCCGCUUCGGCAUCAUCCUCGGUUGCGUCACCAUGCUCUUCGGCGUCGCCAUGGUGUCCAUCGGCUACCGCAUUGCCCUCUUCGUCGUCGGCCGCAUCAUCCUCGGCUUCGGCCUGGGCAUUGCCCAAGAAUGCUCUCCGCUGCUUGUUUCCGAGCUCGUCCACCCCCAGCACCGUGCCCAGUACUCGACCAUCUACAACUCGCUGUGGUACGUCGGUUCGCUGAUCGGCGCCGGCGUCUCGUACGGCACUGUCCACAUCGAGGGCAGCGACUGGGCCUGGCGGGUCCCUUGUCUGCUGCAGGGCAUCCCUUCCGUUUGCCAGCUGAUCUUUAUCUGGCUGGUCCCCGAGUCCCCUCGCUGGCUCAUCUCCAAGGGCAAGCUCGAGAAGGCCAAGAAGAUCCUGGCGUACGUCCACGCGCAGGGCGACGAGGACGACGAGCUGGUCAACGUCGAGUUUGAAGAAAUCCAGCAGACCAUCGCGCUCGAGAAGGAGUACGAGAAGUCGGGCUGGUCCGAGCUGUGGUCCACCCCGGGCAACCGCCACCGGUCCAUCAUCCUGAUCUCCAUCGGCUUCUUCUCCCAGUGGUCGUCCAACGGCCUCAUCUCGUACUUCCUCCCCAAGGUCUUCGAGCUCAUCGGCAUCACGAACGGCACGACCCAGCUGCAGAUCAACUUCAUCCUCCAGGCGGUCAACGUCAUCUCCGCCACCGGCAUCGCCUUCUUCGUCGACUACUUUGGCCGCCGCCCGCUCUUCCUGACGUCCACCAUCGGCAUGCUGAUCUGCGUCGUGGCCAUGACGAUCAGCCUGGCCACGUACGGCGAAGACAACCACCCGGCCGGCAACACCUUCCUCGUCUUCAUGUUCUUCUUCUACAUCAUGUACAACAUCGGCUUCAGCGGCAUGCUGGUCUCGUACUCGUGCGAGAUCCUGCCGUACCGCCUGCGCGCCAAGGGCCUCACCCUCAUGUUCUUCUGCGUCGACCUCAGCCUGUGGUUCAACCAGUACGUCAACGACAUCGCGCUCAACGCCAUCAGCUGGAAGUACUACCUAGUGUACUGCGUCUGGGUCGCCUUCGAGGUCUUCGUCGUCUGGAAGUUCUACAUCGAGACCAAGGGCACGCCCCUGGAGGAGAUUGUGCGCUACUUCGACGGCGACACCGCCAUCCUGGGCGGCCAGGCUGCCACCGAGAAGGGCCGUAUCCUGGCCGCUCAGGUCGAGGAGGCCGAGUCCAAGACUGUUACGGCCUAAACGGCUCAGGCUCGUGCUUAACUCUGUCGGCCGGUUUUGCGUUGCUGAGGUUUGCUUAGUUUGUCGGUGUCUGUGAGGCCCGCUCUCUAAGCGAGGUAGCGGCCCUUCACGACCAAGCUCGUAAUAUGAUAAUACAUCAGCAUGUUUGGACGGCCCCCUGGCAGGUUUGUGUGAGCCGGUAGGCGAGCCUCCCGUCAGCAGAUGAUUGUGCAGUUGAUUCUCGCCAAUCCUCUUGCCCCCUUGUGUAACGAGGGCCUCAAAGAGGGUGUGU